AUGGUUUCCAUGGGCUAUGAACCUGUGGAGCACUUGCCUUACAUUUACCACAACAUAAGUCCAGAAGAAAGAGCAAACGUUGAGCAACUAAUACGGCUAGAACUAGCGAGUCAAUUCAAUUCCAACUUCAACACAUUAACUGCACCAAACGCUCUCUCGAUUGCCAACAAUGAUGGGUCAUCAGAAACACUUCCAAGAGGUGGGCCAUUGCAGCAGCGCCUAGCAGUGAACGGGCACAUAUUGCCCACCCAUCACUUGGGAGAGGAGACUUUGCCAGUGGCAGGUAUUCGAAAUACGAUAUUUGAAAUGGAUGAAGAUGACGAUGAUGAAGAUGAUGAUGAUGACUUUCCAUUAUCGUCUCCCUUGGAAGAUUUGGGCUCCAGUCAGGGAGAGGUGGAUAUACGUAAUGGAGACUCGUACACAACUUCACCCCCAGUACCAUCGCAAGAGGGAUGUUCCACAUUGGUAGAAAGGAGCAAUAAAAGAAAGAUGGCUCAUGAGGAGGGUGAGUUACGCAAGAAACGACAGUUGAACGAACUUCAGGUUGACAGAUCUCACUUGGAAGAGCUUAUCGAAACAAGAAAAAGCUGUGAAGCUAGAGCUAGACUUGAGAGUACUUGA